CCGCGCUGUGAUUGGCUGCUGUCUGCCCGCGCUUGUUGUGAAGUCUGUUUCACUUGUGCCCUCCGAUGACAUGGCCGCCGUUGGCAGGUCCGAGCAGACUGACCCCCAGGAAUUGCGGGAGGAGGUGGAGCUGCAGAUUGAUGAUGUGAGGAGCCUUAUAGCAGGUUAUUGCCCGGUCUCUCCUGACUGGGUGCAGGGCGGCGCUCCAUAGACUCCGGGAUAGAACUGAGAAUAGACUGGGGAUUCUAUCUGAACCUUCACAUACUACUGCUCAAAGUAUAGCAGCUUCGAGUUACAGCUUCUAAUGUGCACGCUGCUUCUAAACAGGCUGUUCAUAGGACCAUUAUAUAUAUAUAUACUAUUAUUAUUAUUUUGUGUGUCCCUGCAGUGGCAUCUAAACUAAUAAACACUGAAUUCCAUUUAUGUAUUAUGCUAUUGGAAUUUAGGAUAUUUUAUAAGGGGGCAGUGAAGGAAGAAGGAAAAGCCAAAAAAAAAAAAAGCCAGAUUUGAGCCAAAUCUCUUGUUACAGUAUGCCUUUCCCUCAGAAAGGUUGGGUACAAAUUAUCUAUGCUGAAAAUGUAAUCAGAGGAGACCCCCUCUAUCCCCCCACUUACAGAUGGUUUUCGACACAACUAUCCCCUCCAGUGUUUGUGCUGUGGUUACUCAUUUAGCCAGCAUUUCUUCCUUCUGUCACUCCAUUAUGACAACAGUGCGCUUGCAGCGUAUUUGUACCAUAGAGGAAGAUGUCUCUGCAUGGCAAAACGUUUCUAAGAAGGGAUAAUAAUAACCAGAAAAGCUACAAUUUCUGGGGAAAUUGUGUGAAGUGUUCUUGCCUUCACUAGUAGUCUACAACUGGGGUGGGCGGAGUAACUGUUAUUUAUUUAUUUAUUUAUAUAGCACAUUUAAUUGCAGUGUUGUUGCCCAAAGUGCUUCACAGUUACAUUAAAACAUACAUUUAUAAAAACAUUAGCAGGUGUACAAAAGGCCCUGUCUAUGACAUCACUUGCUGCUCCAGCCUGGCACAGGUCAGAUUAUUUUGGCGGUUGCCAUCUUCAAACGGUCAUAUUUUAAAAACUAUAAAUCCUACAGCGAAGAGCUUUAUAUUGUAAGAAUCACAAGACCCAGACUUACAUUUUGAUGCAUAGUAUGUCUCUGAAAUAUUAAAAAUGAAGGCACAGUCGAAGCUUAGAAAUUGCCCUUCAAAUUUGAGCUGGCUAGAGUGGAGUUUCAAUGAAUGUCAAUGGACGGCGUGAGUUGCAAACAAAUGGUCAUAUUGUGAAAACUAUCAGGACUAUAGCUUAUGUGGACGUGUUUAGUGGCAGCAGGGAUAGCUGAACAUUUUGAUAUAAGAUUUGUGUAAGUGGGUUUGAAAAUGAGGGAGUGGUGGCAGUUUAGAAAUCAUGUCCUGAUUUUUCAGCUUUUGCCAGCUCCCACUCUAGUUUUGAAAAUUUCGCCAUUCAUUCCUAUGGGACCAAUCUUGCCACAAAAACGACGAUAUUUUGUGAACCAUUCCGCAAAAUGUUCCACAAAGUAAUAGCACACCAAUCGGGAACAAUCCGCACGUUUCGGUAUAUUACUGUCUAUGUAGUGUAGAAACUGUGGGAGGAGUUAGGGUGGUAAAUUUGGCUAUAAGAAUAAUAUAUAUGUGAGAUAACAUUAAGUGGUCUUGCUAUGCAAAAACACGUAAUAAAUUUGAAGCAUCUCUGUUGGCAUACCAUCUUCCAAAUCCAGACACUACCAUGAUUUGGUUAGCUAUGAGGCGUCUACUCGCUAACACCAUGGACUGCGGCAAAUUGUAAUCUGCUGUGCAGGGCAGUGGGCACUUACUGUGUGCUGGGUAUUGUUAUCCCUGGAAAACAGUAAGUACUCACACUAAAUACCUACAGUCAUUACAGGGGCUGGCCAGGGGUAGGAUUUAUUCCCAGUAACUGGCUGUAUCCCCAGAUUAUAUAAAACAAUGUCAGUGCUAGGGAUCGACCGAUUAUCGGUCUGGCUGAUAUUAUGGGCCGAUAUUCUGUAUUUUCGGCAAGUAGAGAUACCGAUAUUGCCGAUAAUACAUACCAGGACAGCCGGGCUUGUCAUGGGGGGGCCAGCAGCAAGCACUUACCUUCCCAUCAACUCCCUUCAGCUCCCCAGUGUAUCUCGCGAGUCUCGCGGCCGUCAGAGCGUUACCACUGGUUACCAUGGCAAUGCUCCACUCAGCACGCUGGCCACGAUAUUUACACUCGGUAGCUGAAGGGAGCUGCUGGGAAGGUAAGCGCUUGCUGGGCCCCCGCUGCACUGUCCUAGCCACCGGACCACCAGGGAAUGCCAAAGCCCCCCUCCCUGGCCAGGUAACAAGCAGGGAAGGGGGAAUAAAAAUACAUUAAAAAUGCCUCCCCUACCCCCCCAUUUUACACAAAUUACAUACCUACAGAAACACACACACUCUGCAUUAUAUGCACACACUACACAAAUACACUACACAAACACACUGCAUUCAAUAUAUUCACACACUACACAAACACACUGCAUUCAUUAUACACAUACUACACAAACACACGCUGCAUUCAUGAUAUAUACACACUACGCACAUUGCAUUCACUUUACGCACACUACAUUCACUUUACACACUGCAUUCACUUUACACACACUACACACACACUGCAUUCACUAUAUACACACACUACACAAACACACACUCUGCAUUCACUAUAUGUACACACUCCACACACAGCUGCCCUGUCUAAACACACUGCAUCCACUACAUGUGGCAUGUAUAUUUUGUGCAUUUACCUUUUAGAAAUAGUUUUAUUUUUUUCAAAAUGGUAAAUGUACAGAAUAUCAGUAAGCUAUCGGCCUGAAAGUUCACAGAUUUUCGGUAUCGGCUCUAAAAAAAAAAUAAAAAAAAAAAUCAAUACCGGCCAAUCCCUAGUCAGUGCCCAGUGCAGCUCAUAGUAGGGAGAUAGUGAGACCAUAUCUGGCGUGUCCUCUAUUGUAAACUGCUAGUCCUAUAAUGCUGAGCCACACAUCUGUGCCUUAGACUUACUGUAACCGCUCAGCCAGAUAUGUUACAGGAUGGGCCCAUAGAUAAUGCAGUCCUUCCAUGAAACAUGUAUAGUGCCACAACUAUUAGCCUCUAUUAAAUAUAUGUACAGCUCAUCCCUCUUCCAAGUGGGGAUUUAAACAUCUGGACGUCUGUUUACUUUUACACUCAUAACGUGAAGUCGGUAGGUUUAAAGUUGUGAUGCUUAUCUAGUUGAUCCCUGGUGGGGAGUGGGGGGCACGGCCUGAAAUUAAACGAGUUAAGGUAAGAGAAACAUAGAAACAUAGAAUGUGAUGGCAUAUAAGAACCAUUCGGCCCAUCUAAUCUGCCUAAUUUUCUAAAUACUUUCAUUAGUCCCUAGUCUUAUCUUAUAGUUAGGAUAACCUUAUGCCUAUCCCACGUAUGCUUAAACUCCUUUACUGUGUUAACCUCUACCACUUCAGCUGGAAGGCUAUUCCAUGCAUCCACUACCCUCUCAGUAAAGUAAUACUUCCUGAUAUUAUUUUUAAACCUUUGUCCCUCUAAUUUGAGUGUAUUUUGUAAUAAUGACUUAAUAAAAUACUAGGGAUCGACCGAUUAUCGGUUUUACCGAUAUAAUCGGCCGAUAUUCGGUAUUUUCGGCAAUAUCGGUAUCGGCCAAUUCAGAUACCGAUAUUGCCGAUAAUACCUCCUAGGACCGCCGGGCUCAUUACAAGCCCGGCGGUCCUGGGGGGGCGGGCCGCAAGCACUUACUCACCUCCCAGCAGCUCCUCCAGCUCCCCAGUGUAACUCUCGCGAGACCCGCUGCCGUCCGAGCGUUGCCAUGGGUUACCAUGGCAACGCUCCGCGCGGCACGCUGGCCGUGAGAGUUACACUGGGGAGCUGGAGGAGCUGCUGGGAGGUGAGCCAAUACCACUGGUCCACCAGGAACUGCUAUAUCCCCCAUCCCUGGCCAGGUAUGAAACAGGGAGGAGGGACAACAACAAUAAAUAAUUAAAUAUAUAUUAAAAAAAAAAGUAAUAAAAAAUGCCCCCCCUCACACACACACACACUCCAUUAUAUACAUAUACACACUGUGUAUAUAAUGCAAUGUGUGUUUGUAUAGUGUGUGUAUAUAAGGCAGUGUUUGUGUAGUGUGUUUAUAUAUACACACUAUACACACACUGCAUUAUAUACACACACACACUACACAAACACUGUGUAUAUAAUGCAGUGUGUGUGUAGUGUGUAUACAAUGCAGUGUUUGUGUAGUGUGUGUAUAUAAUGCAGUGUGUGUGUGCAGUGUGCGCAUAUAAUGCAGUAUGCGUAUAUAAUGCAAUGUGUGUAGUGUGCGUAUAUAAUGCAGUGUGUGUAUAUAAUUAAUGCAGUGUGUGUUUGCAUAGUGUGUUUAUAUAAUGCACACUUCACAAACACACUGCAUUAUAUAAACACUAUACAAACACACACACUCUGUAUUAUAUAAACACACUGCAUUCAUUAUAUACACUACACAAACACACACACUUUGCAUUUAGUAUAUACUGCAUUCACUUUACGCACACUACCCACACACUACACAAACACUCUGCUUUCAUUAUAUACACACAACACUAAUACACACUGCAUCCACUACACACUAGACAAAUACACACUGCAUCCACUACACACUAGACAAAUACACACUGCACACACUACACAAACACACACUGCAUCCACUACACACACUACACAAACACACACUGCAUCCACUACACAAAUACAUACAGCUUCCCUGUCUAAACACACUGCAUCCACUACACGUGGCAUGUAUAUUUUGUGCAUUUACCUUUAGAAAGUUUUAUUUUCCAAAAUGGUAAAUGUACAGAAUAUCGGCAAAUUAUAUCGGCUAUCGGCCUGAAAGUUCACAGAAUAUCGGUAUCGGUAUCGGCUCUAAAAAAUCAAUAUCGGUCGAUCCCUAUAAAAUACACCAUUUGCUUUGCAUAAAAUGGAAAAAUAACAAAAUACGCUAAAGUACACUUUCACCCUAAAACCGGUAGAAUCCUGUUGGGAGUGAAGAGAACCCCACUAGAACGAUACAGAUACUUUCAGUUGCAACACUACUAUAGGGUUCUGAAACAUCGCUUACACUUGGAACAUACAGGCUUCGAACAGUUGCACCAGUCAGGUAUCUCAAAACUCUAUAAGCUUGUGACGCCCCCAUCCCUACAAUUCACUGCCGUGUGGGAGGUGGACUUCCUGAGUUUGCUUUCUGAUGAGCAGUAAGAGGAUAUGUUUCUGUUAGCAUAUAGUAUAUAACUAUAAUAUAAGGCCAGGGACUAAUGAAAGUAUUUAGAAAAUUGGGCAGAUAAGAUGGGCCGAAUGGUUCUUAUCUGCUGUCACAUUCUAUGUUUCAAAUUGACGAGUAGAUGGUACAGAACUCUGGUGCUCCUGAAUAAAUCCCAUCUAUCAGUAUUGAGAAAAAGCUGGGAGGGGGACUUUGCUACAUCUGUGGUAGAACUACAUACAAAUAACACCUGUAGAUUUGUUCAGUGAGACAUAACCAGGAUAAUGGGGAAAGCACCACCAUUCAACCCUGAAUCUAUGCUACUUCACCACACAACUUGACCUUCAAAAAUGCUGAUGCUCUCCGCCUACCACAGAAUUCUAAUGUUACAUAAAUUCACAUUAUCAAUGUGGCUUAAUACCAUUUAAAAUAAAUCAUGGGAAGGUGUCUUUAGACUCUAAAUUCUUUAACAAUACUUUGCGUUAUCAGAUUUAUGGUGCUUACAGUGCCCCUUUAAUUUUUUAUGUAAAAUAUAUAUAAUUUUUUCUUCCUUCAAACUUUAAACACAAUGCUUUGUUUAAGCCACUUCUCUUCUUUUGUUUCACUAGGUUGCUUUCUCACUUACCAAACUCCUGGAGUCUACUUCAGCAGUUGCAUCCCAAGUGGAAGAAUUGGCAGAAAAAUGUUCAGCAAAUGCACGCUUUUUGAAGGCCUGGAAAAAUCUUCUGAAAGAGGGUUAUCAAUCCUUGAAUGCAACAAGCUAAUCUAAAAUGGAAACUGUCACUCUCUUGUACCAUGGAAACAAGGGGAAAUUAGACUUUGUAAUUUUUUUUUUGUCUCACAGUGAUUGUAAUUUAUUUACUUGUUAACUUUGUGUAUCAAGCUACUUAGAGCAAACGGUGCACAUUGAUUGUCUCCAUUCUCAUUCUGUUUUUUUUUUUUUUUUUAAAGUUUUUAUUUAAUCUCUCAAAUGAAAAAUGUAUAAAAUGGAUGCCAAAAAACACACAACUAAACACCAACACAAAAGAUAUUCACUGUAUAUAAUGAUACAUAUGAAAAUUUAGAUUCCUGUAAUAGUUCUGAGAUAUGAAAGAGUUCAAUGCACCAAAAUAUGCCGCACCUCCUAUGUGCUAAUACAAAAUGAUAAUUUCAUAAUGAUAAAAUCUUUAUGCAAUACUCAUACUGGCUGUGUUGUAAUUUCAGUGAAAUUCCAACCCAUUAAAAAGAUAUACUGAGACAAAGUAGGGACUACAUUGUCUCUGUAUUUUUUCUACGCCUGACACGUCUUGACACUGGUUGUAGCUAUCACCAUCUAACAGCAAAUAAUGCAGUCCCCAGAUGGUGACAGUGCUGCUUUAAUAUCUAACAUGGAAGAAACAGAACAAGAAAGAACCAAUGACAAGAUCCAACAGAGAAAUGUGGUGAAGAGGAUUUGAGUAACACCAGAAUGUAUAUGAGGAAAAGUAGCAGGUUAAAGAAAUGGGAAAAAAAGGAAGUUUGUGUGUAGGAAGGAGAGUGGAUGAUGAGGUGCAGGUUGUCGAAAGUAGGAGCAGAAGUGGCAUGACAUAUUGUCCUCAAUGAAUGGUAUGAAGUAGGUAGAGUACAUACCUAUCUACUUAUUUAAUAUACGGCAAGCAGAUGUCAUAAAUACUGACGAGUAAAGAUUGGAAAUCUGUAAAUCCAUAGUGUCUUGUGCCCUUUUUCUAUUCAACAUGGCAGUGUAUGUGUGAUAUGUUUAGCUUUAUUUUCACUGUUUGUAAAAUGCAUUUGACGUAAGCAUUAUGUGGUCUCUGUACUUGUAACACUUGAACUGUAUGGAGGAUUUUAAAUUUUCAAAUCUAAAUGCUGUCUCUCAUAUCUAACCAUAUAUGACAUCAGAUGCUGUAUGCUAUUUCCCAAUUUAGGUGAUGUGCCUUACGCUGUGUAGUGUGUGGUUCCUAAUCACAGGUCAGCUCUGGGACAUACUGUACAUUAGGGAUGUGCAUUCGCAAAAUAUUCAGUUCGGCUCAGGACACUGGGAAUUCGGCACUUCCGAAAUUCGUGAUUUUGGCAAUUCGGCACUUCGGUUUGGCACUUCUGAAAUUCGGGACUUUGGCAAUUCCGCUAACCAACACAACCACUUUUAGGGUUAGAUUCCUGUCAUCAUUCCUGUAAUUUUCCCUCCCUCUCCUAUUUUGCCACUUUUCAGAAAUCCUAAGCACUUCUGAAAUUCAGCAUUUCGGUUUGGUUUGGCACUUCCGAAAUGCGGCAGUUCGGUUCAGGACUUCCGAAAUUCGGAAACAUCUGAAUGUCUGAAUUUACAUUUGGAACUAAACAAAUUGCACAGGUCUACUGUACAUGUCUCUGUUUGCCUGAUAAUUGAGUGAGUUACACUCAAUAGCUGCAAAUAACAGGUGCCACCGACUAUUGGUGUGUAUAUUAUUUAUAAACUCGUAUGUGCAGUGUGAUUGACUAGUGAAAUGGGAUAGUCAUACCCUUUGUGACUUUACUCACUUUGCAGACCACUUUAGAAGAUGUACAAACUAUAAUAUAUUAACAAAAAGCUUUAGUUUUCCUGUAUCUGUCUAGACAGGCACCACCCUGCCUAGUUUGUCAUAAAAUCAUUAAAAAUAUCUUUCUUUACUUACCUUGUUUCAUGCUUGUCUCUCCUCCUCCCGUGGCAUCAUGGUGGAGGAAUGGCCUUCUCCAG